UCCCCGCUGUGUCUGAGAGGCCAUCCGAGAGAAGCAGGAAGAAGGCAAGUCCUGGCUGGUGGACGGCAUCCGAGCAGGUGUCAGGAUGCUGGGCUGGGUCCAGAGGGUGCUGCCUCAGCCCCCAGGGACCCCUCAGAAGACCAAGCAAGAGGAGGAGGGGACAGAACCAGAGCCAGAGUUGGAGCCGAAGCCUGAAACAGCCCCUGAGGAGACUGAACUAGAGGAAGUGUCCCUGCCACCGGAGGAGCCCUGCGUGGGGAAGGAAGUGGCUGCGGCUACUCUGGGUCCUCAGGGAACCCAGGAGACUGCUCUUACUCCGCCCACAUCCCUCCAGGCUCAGGUCUCUGUGGCUCCCGAAGCUCACAGCGGUCCCAGAGGCUGGGUGCUGACCUGGCUCAGGAAGGGUGUGGAGAAGGUUGUCCCGCAGCCCGCCCACAGCAGCAGGCCCUCCCAGAACAUUGCUGCAGGCCUGGAGAGUCCAGAUCAGCAGGCAGGAGCACAGAUCCUUGGGCAGUGUGGCAUUGGGGGCUCAGAUGAACCCAGUGAACCCUCCAGGGCUGAAGACCCCGGGCCUGGGCCCUGGCUCCUCCGGUGGUUCGAGCAGAAUCUGGAGAAAAUGCUGCCUCAGCCCCCGAAAAUCUCUGAGGGCUGGAGCGAUGAGCCUACAGAUGCUGCCUUGGGUCCAGAGCCCCCAGGACCCGCCCUGGAGAUCAAGCCCAUGCCGCAGGCCCAGGAGAGCCCCUCCCUGCCGGCUCCUGGCCCCCCGGAGCCUGAGGAGGAACCAACCCCAGAGCCCCAGCCCACUAUUCAAGCCUCCUCCCUGCCGCCCCCGCAGGACUCUGCCAGGUUGAUGGCAUGGAUCCUGCACAGGCUGGAGAUGGCCCUGCCACAGCCAGUGAUCCGUGGGAAGGGUGGGGAGAAGGAGUCUGAUGCCCCAGUGACAUGUGACUUGCAGACCAUCAGCAUCCUCCCUGGAGAGCAAGAGGAGUCGCAUCUCAUCCUAGAAGAGGUUGACCCUCACUGGGAGGAGGACGAACACCAGGAGGGCAGCACCAGCGCCAGCCUGCAGACCUCAGAGGCAGCUCCAGCUGAUGAACAGAAGGGCGAGGUGGUGGAGCAGACGCCCAGGGAGCUGCCUCGGAUUCAAGAGGAGAAAGAAGAUGAGGAGGAGAAGGAAGACGGAGAGGAGGAAGAAGAGAAAGGCAGAGAGAAAGAGGAAGAAGAAGGCAGAGAGAAAGAGGAGGAAGAAGGCAGAGAGAAAGAGGAGGAAGAAGGCAGAGAAAAAGAGGAAGAAGAAGAUGGAGAGAAAGAGGAAGAAGAAGGCAGAGGGAAAGAGGAGGUGGAAGGCAGAGAGGAGGAGGAAGACGAAGAGGAGGAGCAGGAUCACAGUGUCCUGCUGGAUAGUUAUCUGGUGCCACAGAGCGAGGAGGACCAGAGUGAAGAAAGUGAAACCCAGGACCAGAGUGAAGUGGGCGGAGCCCAGGCCCAGAGCGAAGUAGGCGGAGCCCAGGACCAGAGUGAAGUGGGUGGAGCCCAGGCCCAGGGCGAAGUGGGCGGAGCCCAGGCCCUGAGUGAAGAAAGUGAAACCCAGGACCAGAGUGAAGUGGGCGGACCCCAGGCCCAGGGCGAAGUAGGCGGAGCCCAGGACCAGAGUGAAGUGGGCGGACCCCAGGCCCAGGGUGAAGUAGGCGGAGCCCAGGACCAGAGCACCUCACACCAGGAGCUGCAAGAAGAGGCCUUGGCUGACAGCUCAGGAGUACCUGCCACGGAAGAGCACCCUGAAGUGCAGGUGGAAGACGCUGAUGCUGACAGUCGCCCCCUCAUCGCGGAGGAGAACCCACCCUCUCCCGUGCAGCUGCCCCUGUCUCCUGCCAAAUCCGACACCCUUGCGGUCCCAGGAUCAGCCACAGGGAGCCUCAGGAAGAGGCUGCCUUCCCAAGAUGAUGAGGCUGAAGAGCUCAAGAUGCUGUCACCGGCUGCAUCCCCCGUGGUCGCCUGGUCGAACCCCACCAGCCCACAGGGCACUGAUGACCAGGACCGUGCAACCUCGACAGCCAGCCAGAACAGUGCCAUCAUCAAUGACCGGCUCCAGGAGCUGGUGAAGCUCUUCAAGGAGCGGACGGAGAAGGUGAAGGAGAAGCUCAUCGACCCUGACGUCACCUCCGAUGAGGAGAGCCCCAAGCCCUCCCCAGCCAAAAAAGCCCCAGAGCCGGCCCCAGAAGUGAAGCCGGCUGAAGCGGGGCAGGUGGAAGAGGAACACUACUGUGAGAUGCUCUGCUGCAAGUUCAAACGCCGCCCCUGGAAGAAGUACCAGUUUCCCCAGAGCAUUGACCCGCUGACCAACCUGAUGUACAUCUUGUGGCUGUUCUUCGUGGUGCUGGCCUGGAACUGGAACUGCUGGCUGAUUCCCGUGCGCUGGGCCUUCCCCUAUCAGACGCCAGACAACAUCCACCUCUGGCUGCUGAUGGAUUACCUGUGUGACCUCAUCUACCUCCUGGACAUCACCGUGUUCCAGACGCGCCUGCAGUUUGUCAGAGGCGGGGACAUCAUUACGGACAAAAAGGAGAUGCGCAACAAUUACCUGAAAUCUCAGCGCUUUAAGAUGGACAUGCUCUGCCUCUUGCCCUUGGACUUACUCUACUUGAAAUUCGGUGUGAAUCCCCUCCUGCGCUUGCCCCGCUGUUUGAAGUAUAUGGCCUUCUUUGAGUUUAACAACCGCCUGGAAUCCAUCCUCAGCAAAGCCUACGUUUACAGGGUUAUCAGGACCACAGCCUACCUGCUCUACAGCUUACAUCUGAACUCAUGUCUGUAUUACUGGGCGUCGGCCUAUGAGGGCCUCGGCUCCACUCACUGGGUUUAUGAUGGCGUGGGAAACAGUUACAUUCGCUGUUACUACUGGGCUGUGAAGACCCUCAUCACCAUCGGCGGCCUGCCCGACCCCAGGACGCUCUUUGAAAUUGUCUUCCAGGGUCUAAACUAUUUCACGGGCGUCUUCGCUUUCUCCGUGAUGAUCGGACAGAUGAGAGACGUAGUGGGGGCCGCCACCGCAGGACAGACCUACUACCGCAGCUGCAUGGACAGCACCGUGAAGUACAUGAACUUCUACAAGAUCCCCAGGUCCGUGCAGAACCGGGUCAAGACCUGGUACGAAUACACAUGGCACUCCCAAGGCAUGCUGGAUGAGUCAGAGCUGAUGAUGCAGCUUCCGGACAAGAUGCGGCUGGACCUCGCCAUCGACGUGAAUUAUUCCAUCGUCAGCAAAGUGGCACUCUUCCAGGGAUGUGACCGGCAGAUGAUCUUUGACAUGCUGAAGAGGCUGCGCUCUGUCGUCUACCUGCCCAAUGACUACGUGUGCAAGAAGGGGGAGAUAGGCCGGGAAAUGUACAUCAUCCAGGCGGGGCAGGUGCAGGUCUUGGGUGGCCCGGAUGGGAAAUCCGUGCUGGUGACGCUGAAGGCUGGAUCUGUGUUCGGAGAAAUAAGCUUGCUGGCUGUAGGGGGCGGGAACCGGCGCACAGCUAACGUGGUGGCCCAUGGGUUUACCAACCUCUUCAUUCUGGAUAAGAAGGACCUGAAUGAAAUUCUGGUGCAUUAUCCCGAGUCUCAGAAGUUGCUCCGCAAGAAGGCCAGGCGAAUGCUGAGAAAUAACAACAAGCCCAAGGAGAAGAGCGUGCUUAUUCUCCCUCCGCGGGCAGGCACCCCCAAGCUCUUCAAUGCCGCCCUGGCCGCAGCAGGAAAGAUGGGUGCCAAGGGAGGCAAAGGCGGCAAGCUUGCCCUCCUCAGGGCUCGACUCAAGGAGCUGGCUGCGCUGGAGGCGGCCGCCAGACAGCAGCAGUUGCUGGAACAGGCCAAGAGCUCGGAAGACGCCGCCGUGGGACAGGAGGGAUCGGCCGCCCCAGAACAGCCCCCGGCUCCAGAGCCGAUGGCCCCAGAGGCCCCCGCCCCAGAGCCCCCGGCCCCAGAGGCUCCCGCCCCAGAGGCCCCGGCCCUAAGCACUCCACCACCUGCCUCCCAGGAGAGGCCGGAGGGAGAUGAGGAGGCCGCGGUGCGGCCAGAGGAGCACUCGGUGCAGAUCCACGUGACCCUGGGCCCGGAUCCCAGCGAACAGAUCCUGUCGGUGGAGGUUCCUGAGAAGCGGGAGGAGGAGAAAAAGGAGGAGACAGAGGAAAAGGAGGAAGGGGAGGAGGCGAGGAAGGAGAAAGAGGAGGAGUAAGGCGGCAGUUAGUGCACUACCCGCUCCCCCAGCCCCCGCAGGUGCACGCUGCCCACCACCCGGCACCCCACCUCGAGCCCCCGCCCCCUCCUUCCCCCUGCACCCCGCCCCCUCCGCUCCCCAAAGGCCAAGAUGCUGGUCCGCGGUAGUGGCCUCAAGUGCUCGGCUGGUGGUCCUGAUCUGACAUCAGUUUCUCCAUCUCCCGGGGCUGGUCUUCAAAGUAACAAACUUUAUAGUGUCUGUGCUGGGUGAGUUCCCCCCGUCACUAGAGAACCCUGCCUCCUCUGCACCUUAGUUAUAUUUAAGAACAAAAUACUUUUCUGUAGGGCUUCAAUACAUGGGAAGCCUGUUGGAGAAACAAAGAGCUGUUGAAUGUUUGGAUUUUCCCCUCAGAAAUUUGUCUUCCCCUCAUUUCAAGAAGAGAAAACAUUUCUGGCAGAAGUGGGAAACAGCUAUGCUGUUCCUUUGAUGAAGUGGAGAUAGCACACGCAUCCCACCCGUGGUCUGGUGCUGUCUCUCUACUGGGCAGUCACAUUAGGAACGCAGUGCUCCUGAGGACAGUUAGUACUUCCGCAGACAUUAUCCCAUUGUGCCCAGUGAUGCUGUUUCCUUAGAAUAGAUAUAAUGGAAAUGGUUUACUGGCAAGAGGCUGUGAGCAUUUCUGAGCAUCCACUCUUCCAGUUACCUAAUCCUCUUCAUCAGGGAUUAACUCAUUACUUGUUUUUGACACCCUUGCUGUAGAGAUGAUGAUGUGUGCUAAGUCACUUCAGUCGUGUCCAACUCUUUUCGACCCCAUGGACCAUAGCCUGCCAGGUUUCUCAGUGGGAUUCUCCAGGCAAGAAUACUGGAGUGGGUUACCA